CCAAAAUAGUUGAGCUGCAGACAACGCGAUGAGCAGAUCCCUGUUUCUUAUUCUUUUAUUGGGAAUCUCCUGCCUGGAGAUUCUUCAGGCUCGCUCUCUCCCGGAGCGGAAAAAACUAAGAUUUAUACGCAGACGCACAUCACCCGACGAUCCCGAUCUCGAAAUCAUCGAGGUCAAGGACGUGUUCUACGUAAGGCGGCCCAAGAAGGUGGUUGUCCCGCUCGAUGAGGACGAAUUCGACUGGAGGAUACGCUGUGACUUCGAUCCAAGCCAUCCGGAGUGUGAAGAUUUAGUGAAGAAUCCCGUGGCCCCUAUCGCGCCACCCACUACUACCAAUCCCACAACAACCACCAACCCCACCACAACCACCAACCCCACCACAACCACCAAUCCCACCACAACCACCAACCUUACCACAACCACUCUCAGAACCACCACCUCCCCCAAGGCACCCGAAGUCACAACUGAAUCCACAGACGCACCAAGUUCAGAUGAAGACAUCAAAUUGUUAGAUGACGAUGAAGAGGACAUUGAGGAUCAGGAGGAUCAAGAAGAUCAGGAAGAUCAGGAGGAUCAGGAGGAUGACGCCUCUAUAGAUGGCACUUACGAUAGCAAAAUCCACUCAAUUGGGGCUCAUGAUGACGGCACCUGGAAUUAGACCCCAAUGAAAAGCAGCAAAUGAUCGGGGUAAUUGCAAUUCGAUUUCAUCUGUUGACUCAAUUGAACAUCAAUAAAAUGGCAAUACAUAAUGUAAUGCUA